UGAGAGGUCCGGCGCGGUCCGCAUGUCUGCCAGCAUGCCAGCCCGCUGCCGCGCGGGGGCGAAUUCGUCGACCGCCCCUGUUAUUCAGAAGGGAGGGCGAGGAGGAGAAGCAGGGAGGAGGGGCGGCGGCGGGGGCGGCGGCGGCGGAGGCGCAUUCGGCGGAGGAGGGGCCGCGAGCGCGGAGCGCCGCGCAGCGCCGUGCAGCGCCGAGCGCGCGCGAGCGGCGCGCAGCGGGUGCCCUCAGCUCACGCGGCGGUGCCGCAACAGCCCCCCGCGCGGGGGCGGCGUGGGUCCCUCGCACGGGAACACCACCUCUGGCCUGGCUCAGCAGGAGGAGCAGGAAGGCGCCGACCACUGGCACGGUCAUGGCGUUGCCGGCGAGGUGGCCUGAUGUCGGUCUCCGUCAAUCCCGUCAGGUCCAGGUCGUCGGGCCGGAAGCCCUGCAGCGCCAUCAUCUCGACGCCCACCAGCCACCUCGCUUGUUUCAGAGAUCCGCAGGGCGCCCUGUGGCAGAGAGAGGAGGACGAAAAGGAGGAGGAAGA